GGAAGUCUCGUCACAUUAACUUCCCUUCUUCCUCCGUUCUGUUUUUCCGGUGCCAACAGUGCUCGGUAUCAUGGCGCAAGCAGUUCAGAAGCUCGUUGCGAAAGUCCCGACUUUAGUUGGUGGUAAGUUAACUUGCUAUUGUUUGUAAAAAAAAAAUAAAAAUAACCCUCAUAAAGGGAAGUAUGUUGGCUAACCGCGCAGCAGGAAGUAGUUCGGCACAGCGUGGUAACAGCUGCACAAGUUGAGUGUGACCUCUGGUAAAGUGAUCUCAGGUGUUUCAACCACUAACACAGGUGCACUUUCUAAACUGUGAUUAUAAGGUAUUUUUAUCUAACAGUUCAAGGUCAGAGACGCAAACUGAUAUUAUUGUUCUUUAACUGUGCUGCUUUUAGCCUCAGAUGUUCUGUUAAAUAAAAGUUUAUCUCACCUGCAGCGGCUGUUGCAUACUCCAAACCCCGGCUCGCGACCUUUUGGUACUAUGCCCGCGUGGAGCUGGUCCCACCUUCACCUGCUGAGAUCCCCAAAGCAAUAGAGGCCGCAAAGGGCCUGAUCAAGAGCUAUCAGGCGGGACGUGUGGGACAAACCACAAUAAGGGUGAGUUUUAAAAGAGGGGGGGUUUGGUUUACGGGUGUUGAGGUGACUUUUAUUUCUAAUCGAAAUUCGUCAAAAAGGUUCUUGAAUCGGACUAAUGAUCUACUUAGUUUCCAGAAAACCACCCUGCAGCAUUUGUAGUUCAGUCUGGAUAUCAUAAAGGUGUUCCCCUUGUCAAGUAAUCAAGAAAAUCAUAUACUGAGCAAAGAUGCAUUAGGAAUAAUGGAUCUACACUGGGCAUUUGGCAACAAACAGAAACAAUCAGUAAAUAACAUUUUAAGCCAUUGCAGUAGGGCUGCACGGUAUAUCGUUUGAGCAGCGUCAUUGCGAUGUACAUGUGAACUCAUCCAAUUUCAAGGGUAGAUACACUGCAUGUGACUCUGCGUGCGCUGUGCAGCGAUCCACCAAUCACAUUCAUUCUCUGCUCAGUGGCCAAUCAGACUACCCUGCCAGCCGUCAAUCAUAAUCAGAGAGGAGAAUACCAUGCCCCUCCACAUGGAGUAAGUCGCUGGCGCUGCCGGUGUUGUGCUGAGAAACGCAUACCCGCCGAGAAUUACUUUGGUAACAUUACUCAUCACUGUUUAGCCCAACAAAUAAGAAUUGUAUGGGUUUUAAAUUGUACAUUUCCAUGGACCGCUCUACUAUAAGUGGUGCGUGUUUCUGUAAGGUCGUUGCAAUUCUCGGCGGGCAUGUGUUUCUCGAUACAACACCGGUUACAACAACAACGAUUUCAAAAUGAGAAACGAACAAGAGAAAACCACCGAAUAUGAAGACUCCUUGACAAAAAGAAAAGGAAAGUCAGUUAUCUGGAAUUAUUUCGGUUGCAAGAAGGAUGAUGUCGACCAAAACACGUGUUCUGUGUUCAUCUGUUUCCACAAUAACAAACCAGCACAAUAAAAGCAAGCUAAAAAUAUCUCUAAGACAGACAGAAGCCAUUCUACUAACAUUCACAAAAAGAGGUAAGAUCAGAGCAGGUUAACUGUCCUCAAGACUUCAGCAGAAAGUGAUAUUCAGAUCAAAUGCUGAAAAUUCCUCUUUUUUUCAGUAUUGCAAUAAAUAUCACAGGGUUGAAAAAAAUUGCAGUGUUAAUUUUUUCCAGUAUCUUGCAGCCUUACAUUGCAGUUCAUUUUAAAAUGAGUGAAGAAUCUAAAAUGUCAAGAACAUGAUGUUAAAUAUUAACCUGGACAGACUUUGUUCAUGUUGAAGGUACUCUAUCACAUUAGACUUAACUGUUUACAUUCAAAUACAAGUGUGUGUGUGUGUGUGUGUGUGUGUGUGUGUGUUUUCAGUAGGCAGUGUGUGGUGGACACAGGCUCUAACCUUCAAAGUUGUUGGACCUAUUUUUUGAGUGGAAUCAGAUCUUUUUCUUGUUUGUUUAACAGGACGCCUUGAGGAAUGGACUUGUGACCACUGAGGUUCUGAUGUGGUUCUACAUCGGGGAAUGCAUCGGCAAAGGAGGCAUAAUUGGAUACGAUGUCUGAAUGUUGAAUUGUUCUUCUGCACUUCCUAAUGUCACAUUCACAGCAGCCUGCACUAAAAUAAACUUGUCUUAAAUCUGAGAAAAAUAUAAGGCAUCUCUUGGGUUUUUAUUUUCAGUGAGUUCAUAUUUUAUUUAGAUACAAAGACUGUACGCAAACAAAACAAGUCACUGUGGAGAAAGUCCAGCUUACUGUAGAAAAGUUUGCAAGAGGUUAGGGAAUGUCAGACAGCUGAAUGACAGCGAAGAAAAAUAGUUGAGAAACAGAGAGUACCAGUGGUGAGUCCUUAUUCAUUAGGCUGCUUAGUGUUCAGCUACGUAAUGAUUGACAUCUCUUCUCGCUCCCGGCUUUCUGACAUUGCAUUGACAACAUUCCCCAAGUAUCUCUGGAAAGCUACCUUCACAUCCUCAGGUUCAUCGUCCAGAUUGGAGUGAAUAAGCGGCAGUCUGCUCAAAUGUGAUGCUGCAUCAAAAGAGGGGACAUGUUAGUCUGUUAAUUCAUUACAAAAAGCUUAUGUGACAGCUUUGAAAGGCCUGCAGAGGAAAUACCUAGAGGCAGCCGUCCUUCUUCCACUUCGCUGCCAGGUUUGUGGUGAGCGAUGAGUAGACACUGGCUGUCAAGCAAACUUUGAGGGGAGAUAAACAUUGAGUGCCACGUCUCAAUUUCCUUGAGGUGACUUGGAACAUCUGGAUUAAAAACGAUCACAACACCACUGGAGUCCUUCAUCAGUGCUGGCCAGCAGGAUUCAAAUCUAUGAAAAGAAUAAACUGUAUGUCUGUAUCAUAGCAUAAGACUCUGAGAGGAAAACCAAUUAUGGAUUGCAUGGAUGAGAAAAUAACAGAAUAGCAAUUUAUUGUCAUGACUCAUGUAUUUUGAUUAUAAUGCAUGAAUUAUUUUUUUUUUUAUCAAAGACUAAUCCUGGACUCUAAACCAAUUUCUCUCUUAUGUGACCCCCCUCAUUACUUCUUUAUUACUCCUCAAACUGAAACCAUCAAUCCUACUCAUUACCUUUCAGGGGCAGCGUGUCUUCUUCACUUCAUAUCUUAAUGUGCAUUAUUGUCCUGCAGUUUUUCAGUUAUCGCAGAAUUGUAUCAUGAUUCAAUGAGUUAGUUUUGUUUCAGUAUUUAAACUGUAAUUACCCCUAAUGGACAACAAUGUCAGUUCUUAUUUAUGCCUCUAGUCAUACAAAACACUCUAGUGAUCAUUUAUCUUACUUGAAGUCUCCUGAACAGUCCCAGAGUUCGACCUCACAUGCCCUGCCACCUCCACCGGCUCCAGAUUGUGACUCAAAUUCCAGUAUCCUUGGAGAAAAAGUGGUUGACACUAAUAAUCAUUCAGGUGAAUUUACAUAAAAAUGAAAACAACUUCACAAAAGUUUUGCUUGAUCAAAGUAUUUCUAUCUCAAGGAUUUGCUUGUGUCAUGUGGAAAACUGAAUGAAAUUGGACACAUGGUUCUUACCUUACUCCUUGAGUUGGACUGUAUUCACCUCCCAUAUAUUCUGAGGUUUCUGAGAGGAAAUUUGCAAGAACUGUUUUCCCGCUCUGAAAAAAGGAUGAAUGGUUUUAAUAACUACUUAAAAUGUGAGAAGGAUUUUGUUUAAAAUAUAUAUAUAUGACUUAA